AUGACUUCCCAAGUCACUCCUUCAAAGACUGCUGCCUCUGGCAUCGAAUCCCUCAAGAUGGGUGACUCGCCUGCGAAGAAGCUCAACUUCGGAGCUGCCAACAAGGAGAACGAGCCCCUCAACACCGACGCGCCCGUCUUCGAAGAUGUGGAGGUCAAGAAGCCUGUCGUCGAGGAUGUCAAGAAGGCAGAGAUCCAAGCGAUGGUUGCGAAAGGCUUCAAGCCAGAGGAAGCUGAUGAGCCACUCCUCCGCGAGAACGCACAACGAUUCGUGCUCUUCCCCAUUAAAUACCACGAGAUCUGGCAGAUGUACAAGAAGGCAGAGGCUUCAUUCUGGACCGCUGAAGAGAUCGAUCUGUCCAAGGAUCUUCACGACUGGAAUAACAGACUCAAUGACGACGAGCGAUACUUUGUGUCCCAUGUCCUUGCAUUUUUCGCUGCAUCGGACGGAAUUGUCAACGAGAACCUCCUCGAGCGCUUUAGUGGUGAAGUCCAAGUUCCAGAGGCCCGGUGCUUCUAUGGCUUCCAAAUCAUGAUGGAGAACAUCCACUCUGAGACAUACUCGCUUUUGAUCGACACAUAUAUCAAGGAGCAGGCCCAACGCACACAUCUCUUCAAUGCCAUUGAGACGAUUCCCUGCAUCAAGAAGAAGGCCGAUUGGGCUGUUCGAUGGAUUCAAGACAAGGACUCUACUUUUGCUCAACGUCUUGUCGCAUUCGCCGCUGUUGAGGGUAUUUUCUUCUCUGGUUCAUUCGCAUCGAUCUUCUGGUUGAAGAAGCGUGGUCUUAUGGCUGGUCUGACUUUCUCCAAUGAGCUCAUCUCCCGUGACGAGGGUCUCCAUACCGACUUUGCCUGUCUGCUCUUCUCCCACUUGAAUCACCGCCCAAGCAAGCAAGCGGUUCAAGACGUCAUUACCGAGGCUGUUGAGAUCGAGCAAGAGUUCCUUACUGAGGCUCUUCCUUGCGCUCUUCUCGGCAUGAACUCUGCCUUGAUGAAGCAAUACAUCGAGUUCGUCGCUGAUCGUCUCCUUGUUGCUCUCGGUAACGAGAAGUACUACAAGUCGGCCAACCCCUUCGACUUCAUGGAGAAUAUCUCUCUCGCCGGAAAGACCAACUUCUUCGAGAAGCGUGUCGGUGACUAUCAAAAGGCUGGUGUUAUGGCCGGCACACAAAAGAAGCACGAGGACACUGAGGCACAGACCGAAGCCAAGGCAGAAAACGGUGGUGACUUCAACUUCGAUGAGGACUUCUAG